AUGCGUAGUGGGAAUAAUGCGCUGCGCCGCCAGGACGGCAGCUACGUCAUCAACGGCAACUGGGGCAUCUCGUGGUCGGGCGAGUACGAGGCGGCCGGCACGCGCGUCACCUACCGGCGCCAGGACGCCGGCCUGCUGGAGACGGUGACGGCUCCGGGCCCGCUCACCGAGCCGCUCGAUAUCAUGGUGCUGUACCAGCAGCCCAACCCGGGCAUCAAGUACGAGUACACGCUGCCGAUGAAGCCGAGCGACGCUGCUGGCGGCGCGGGGGCGGGCGCGGGGGUGGGGGCGGGGCCACUGCCCGCCCGCGGCCCCGGGGCGCCCCCGCAGGCCGCACCCCCGCUCCUGCUGCCGCCCGCGCCCCCACAGGCCUCGCCGCCA